AUGGCCUAUUUGCGACAUCUUCGCAGUUCACUGAGUUGUUACAGUGCUUCGUUGAACAGACUUUCUUUUAUACCAUCGCAUUACGCUUCUCAAAAGAGACUAAAUGACUCGCCAUACGUGUCUGAAAAAAAGCCGUUACAGUUCUCUAAAUACCUUUCUCUCUCACCUUUACUUGCCGCUUGUGCUACAGACAAAAUCCCUGAUAUACCAGAAAUUCCCUCUGUUGGAGAAGUUGUUCCUUCUCUGAAUGCUUUGGGUGAACCGACUUUUGCAUCUCUUGGUCUAAAUAGUUGGUGGCCUUCCGGUUGGUAUCAGGCUCUCCUUGAAACUCUGCAUGUUAAUUUUAGUUUGCCAUGGUGGGCCGCUAUUGCAGCAACUACUGUCGUUAUUCGUCUAUGUCUUAUACCCCUUGUUAUUGAUCAACGUCGGAGGCUUGCUUCUUACACUAAUGUUAUGCCAAAAAUAACAUCACUACAAAGCCGCAUGACGAAGGCUCGGAUUAAUUCUGAUUACAUUGAAAUGAUGAAAAUCUCUAUGGAAAUGCAGGAUAUAAUGAAGAACAACGAUGUUAAUCCGCUGAACAGUUUGCGACUUAUGCUUGUCCAAGUGCCGGUUUUCUUUUCCGUGUUCACCGGUCUUAGAGGAAUGGCACAGCUACCUGUGACUAGUCUUCAAACAGGAGGUCUGAGCUGGUUUUUGGAUUUGACAGUCUGUGAUCCCUACUACAUCCUUCCGCUUUACAGCAUGACGUCAAUUUUUCUUAUGUUCGAGUUCGGUGUUGAUGUUUCAACUCAAACCGUUACUCCGGGUGUUCGCAUUGCAAUGCGGUGUUUCCCUGUUAUUGGAUUUUUUAUGAUUAUGCAUAUGCCUUCAGCUCUUCUUUGGUAUUGGUCACUUAGCAACACUAUAUCCAUUGCACAAGCACUCAUUCUGCGUACUAAGCCGGUUAGAAAAUAUCUCCAAUUCCCCGAAAGAGCUCCACCUCCUCCCCAAGAAAUGAAAAAGCCUGGUUUCGUCCAGGGGUUCAAAGAAUCACUGUCCAAUUCCCGACUCUUGGCGGAGUUAGAAGCACGCGAAAGGACAGAUGCUGAACGUUGGCAAAAGGCCGGUGUGGGCGCAAUUCCGAAGACCUUCGCUCAUGACAUUUCAAAACGAGGAAACAAACAUGUCAUCGAUGUUAAAGGGAAAGUCGUGCCGAAGUAG